GGCGCAUCACCGCGGCAGGGGUUCCCGGUGGGGGAGGGGACUGGGGAGACGCCACCGGCAGAGUCUUACGGACGCCUACCCCAAUUCACGAGAUCCGACUCCGACGAAACUCUCCUCGCCGGCCACCGUCGCGGCAGCCGGCUACGCACAGGGUGGCCGCAGCGCGCGAGAAGAAUACAGCAAGGGAUGGGGUGGGGCACAGUGGUUUACGAGGGGGCGGUCGUCGGCUCGUCGCUGGUGGGGCUGGGCUGGGCGGGGCUGUGGUUCCUGAACCGGCGGCUGUACAAGGAGUACGAGGAGCGGCGGGUGCUGGUGCAGAUCCUCUUCGGCCUCGUCUUCGCCUUCUCCUGCAACCUCUUCGAGCUCGUUCUCUUCGAGAUCCUCCCCGUCCUCUCCAAGCACGCGCGCUUCCUCAACUGGCACCUCGACCUCUUCUGCCUCAUUCUCCUCCUCGUCUUCGUACUCCCCUACUACCACUGCUAUCUUCUGCUCCGUAACUCAGGGGUGAGGAGGGAGCGGGCGUGGCUCGUCGCGGCGCUCUUUCUGCUGGUCUUCCUAUACGGGUUCUGGCGCAUGGGGAUUCACUUCCCCAUGCCUUCACCGGAGAAGGGUUUUUUUACAAUGCCGCAGUUGGUCAGUAGGAUUGGGGUGAUUGGAGUGAGUGUCAUGGCUGUUCUUUCUGGUUUUGGUGCCGUCAAUCUGCCAUACAGUUAUCUGUCGCUCUUCAUCAGGGAAAUUGAUGAAGCAGACAUCAAAACCUUGGAAAGGCAGCUGAUGCAAUCCAUGGAGACAUGUACUUCUAAGAAGAAGAAAAUUAUCUUGUCCCAGAUGGAGAUGGAGAGGAUUCAAGGAUCAGAGGAGAAGCUAAAGGCCAGAUCGUUUCUGAAGCGUAUAGUGGGAACAGUCGUCAGAUCCGUGCAGGAAGAUCAAACUGAGCAGGAUAUAAAAAACUUAGAAGCAGAAGUCCAGGCACUCGAAGAGCUUUCCAAACAGCUGUUCCUUGAGAUAUAUGAACUCCGUCAGGCUAAGAUAGCUGCUGCGUAUUCUCGAACGUGGAGAGGGCAUCUUCAGAAUCUACUUGGAUAUGCUUUGUCGGUGUAUUGUGUUUAUAAGAUGCUCAAGUCCUUGCAGAGUGUAGUCUUUAAGGAGUCAGGCUCUGUUGAUCCUGUAACAAUGACAAUAACAAUUUUCCUGAGACAUUUUGACAUUGGCAUUGAUGUUGCACUGUUAUCUCAGUACAUAUCUUUGAUGUUCAUCGGGAUGUUGGUUGUCAUAUCUGUUCGAGGUUUCUUGGCAAAUGUUAUGAAGUUCUUCUUUGCCGUUUCUAGAGUUGGGAGUGGAUCGACAACCAAUGUUGUCCUUUUCCUAUCAGAGAUCAUGGGCAUGUACUUCAUAUCUUCCAUUCUUCUUAUAAGAAAAAGCCUGGCAAAUGAAUAUAGGGUGAUCAUUACUGAUGUUUUGGGUGGUGAUAUCCAAUUUGACUUCUACCACCGCUGGUUUGAUGCUAUAUUUGUGGCUAGUGCGUUCCUGUCCUUGCUUCUGAUUUCUGCCCAAUACACCACCAGGCAAACAGACAAGCAUCCGAUUGAUUGAUGCAUGCUGCCCACAUCUGUGCAUGUUGUCUUUUAUAACCACUAUUCAUCCAAGGUUGACCCAUUCUUUUGUACCACAGUUUCCAAAGGCACUGUUUCUUGAUAGACCUCCAUACACAGUUACAAAACAUAACACGUCAGUUAACUUGAACAAAGUCUCUAUUUUGUAAUAUGUUUCCCGGUGGCAUUGGUUCAUGGUAAACAGUUCCUCCAUAUGGAGGUUUUCUUGUCUGCUGACCCUGCACUGCCACAGCGACCAUCUGAGUCAUCUCUGAUGAUGCUGUAAUGGGAUUCAUUGUAAUGCAGUCUGCAUUGUAGUACAUUUUGACGAGGACAAUUGAGGAAGCCCAUAUUAGGAAUGGAGUAUGACUUUGUAAAAUAGCUUGAAACUAGUGUCCUAGCACGGUAUGUGUUUGGUGUAUCUUCUAUAUUCUUUUGGCUGUUUCAUGUAACAUUUUUGCGACAACUCUGAAAGGUAGAUCUGUUAUUCAUGUGACUACUAUAUACUACCUGAAUCCUUAUAGGUACUUUGUAGUCUGUACGAAUAUCCUCUAUAAUGAUGAUGUUUCUUUGGUGACUCA